CAGAGAACAGGAACGGGACAUACUGCUGCUUCCAAUGUCGAACAACAGCAGCGACCAGAUUUAUGUCAAUAACGCAGUCUUCAUCUCUGGCUACUCCAUCAUCUUGGGCCUGGGGUUUGUCCUUAACUUUGCUGCCCUCUGCUUUUUCUAUCGCCUCCCACAGUUAAGGUCACCCACCAAUGUCUACAUGAAAAACUUGGCCUUUGCGGAUAUUCUCUUGGUUUGCACCCUCCCUCUGAAGAUCUAUGAUUACACAGAGACUCAACCAACUUUGCCGUCAAGGUUAUGUCAAGUUGUUGGAACUCUGUUCCUCUUAAACAUGUAUGGAAGCAUCUUCCUCUUGGCUUGCAUUAGCAUGGACCGUUGUUUGGCUGUCUGUUUCCCUCUCCGCUCCAAAAGCUUCCGUCAUUAUGCUCCCUGGAUCUGUGCCAGUGCUUGGGGCCUUAAUAUAAUAUCAUGCUCAAUGGUACAUAUCUUUUCAAAUAAAGAGACUUUUGAAAACACUUCAAACAAUUGUUGCUUUCAUAUGAGGCCAUCCGUGUUGACUAGGAAAAGUACCACUGUUUUAUCUGUGGUAAUUGGUUUUAUGGUUCCUCUAGGUAUAAUGGCUGUGAGUUCCUGGGCCCUACUGAGGGCAGUUGGUCAUAGCCAGUUGGUCCAAAUCGGAGUGGUGAACAAAGAGAAGAUUGUACGUAUGUUGGUUACCAAUCUGGCCAUUUUCCUUCUCUGCUUUCUACCUUACCAUGUCAUCCUUCUCUGUUACCAGUUUUUGAAAACUGAUCUGUUUAAUUAUUACCAGAUCACACUUCUGAUUGCCUGCAGCAAUGCGGUGCUGGACCCGAUAGCUUAUUACUUUGCUGCAGAGACAAUUCAAAGGACAGUGGUGAAGGAGAUGAGGUUAGUUGGAGAGUCUGAUGCUUCAGCAGAAAAGUUGAGAAGUUCAGCCUCUUUGCCUCCUAAGGGCUCAUGAUCCAAGAACAAGUGAAAAUAAUCAAGAAGAAGACAUCAAGAAAUCUGGAGAAUAAAUAUAUAUAUAAAAAAACAUGCAAUGGCUUGA